AUGGCCGAAAUCAUGGAACAAGUCUGGUGGCUCUUGAAGAAGCUCGGCCGAGCCGGCAAACGAAACGCCCAAUAUUACAUUGCCCACCCUAAAGAAGCGUGGGAAGAGCUCAUCGCCUACGCAAGAGAGAACCCGUGGAAGUUUUCUUUGUGCUGCCUCGGGAUUGGCCUCGGGAUUGCGACCAUUGUUGUUCCGCUGGCUAUUGGGUUUGGCCCAGCGGGGCCUAUAUUGGGCUCUAUCGCGGCGGGUUGGCAAUCCGGUAUCGGUAGUGUGGUAGCGGGCUCGGCGUUUGCCGUGAUACAGUCGAUGGCGAUGACUGGAGUCUUCACCGCUAUCGGUGGCACACUGAUCGGGAUAGGGACGGCUAUUCCGCUCAUUGGCCCGCUUUUCGGACGCUUUGGUUCAUGGAUAGGGAGCUGGUUUGGCUCUGACAGCCCUGGUCCUGGCAGUCCGUUUGGGCGUCUCAUGUCUUCACUUGACGCAGAGACGAUCCUUCUCCUAACUGCCGGCUCGGAUGCUGUCUCUACAAUAAAUGGCAUGAAGCCGAAGCCCAGGUGGUUCCUGGAGUCAAAACAUAGCAAGGUCGAUGUUGCGGGGUCGAGCAAGGAGGGCGCCAGAAGGCGGACCUUGACCACGAACUCGAAGGAGACGUGGGAGAUGGUGUGGGCCGAUAUGGAUGCAUGGAGGGACGGGACGGUGAGGGAACAUGCGUUGGAGAGGUUUGAUGUCGGGAUUGUGUUGCUUACGCCGAAGAGGGGUAGAGGAGAGGAGGGCUUUUGUGAGGUGUUUACGGAUCAUGAGACGGAUUGUCAUCCGGAGUGUUGGUGCGUGGGGGAUCCGGAUGAUGUUUAG